AUGAUCUUUUCAAGAACUGCAGCGUUCUUCGCACUGGUGUCGGGCGUGUAUGCCCAGUCGCAAUAUACGGCUACAGGCACUGCAGCGGUUGCUGCAGCCCAAGCUACCGCGCUGACUCUGUCGCCUACUUCCAACAUUGCUGGUUUGACCUUUAACCGAUUUGUUCAGAUCUUCCUAGAGAACCAAGACUAUAGUGCCGCGAUCAAAGACACAAACCUGGCCUACCUCGCUAGUCAAGGCAUUACCCUGACCAAUUACUUCGCCAUUACCCAUCCCUCCCAGCCUAAUUACGUUGCCGCCGCUGGUGGUAACACAUUUGGAAUCACUGACGACAGUACACAUUACAUCUCUUCGAGCACCAAGACAAUCGUCCAUCUCCUGGAGGAUGCCGGCAUCAGCUGGAGCCUGUACCAAGAGGACAUGCCUUACUCUGGCUUCGAGGCGAACUACAAAAACCAGAAAACUGGGGCAAAUGACUAUGUGCGCAAGCAUAAUCCGCUGAUGAGCUAUAAUUCAGUCACCUCCAAUACAGAUCGGCUGGCUAAAUCCAAGAACUUCACCAUGUUCUAUAAUGACUUGGAUAACAACAAGCUGCCCCAGUGGAUGUUCAUCACACCCAACAUGACCAACGACGGACACGACAGCUCCCUAUCUGUUGCGGGAUCCUGGUCCCGUAACUUUUUAACCCCAUUGCUCUCCAACCCAAAUUUCAACGUCGACGGCACUUUGGUCAUCUUGACCUUUGAUGAAGGUCUCACGAUUGGCACGAACCAGAUCUAUGCGGUACUCUUGGGCAGUGCUGUUCCUAGCACGAAGGUUGGAACCAAGGAUAGCACCAAGUAUAACCACUACAGUCUGCUGAGCACCGUGGAGCGCAAUUGGAAUCUGGGAAAUCUGGGGCAGAAUGACGCGACGGCUACCCCAUUUUUCUAG